GGGGACGCGCGUCGAGAACCUUCCAGUGACGUGUCACAGCAUCAGAGAGAGAAAGAGAGAGCGGCUGCCCCCAUGUCUGCCACCGCCAACCAGAGGGUUUCCUCAGCAUCGCACAGCUUUGACUAUUGCAGGCUGGUAGAGCUGGCCUCCUCUCCCCUGGACUCGGGCUGCAUGGUGUCGCUGCGUCCCAGUCGCCGAGCGUUGUCCCCGCAGGCGCCGGAGCGCCACGGCCGGUGCGCCACGGUCCCUGGCCCCACAAGGGACCCCUACAGUGCCGACAUCAGCCCCCCUGCGAGGGCGCACCCAGGAACGCCCAGGCGCCAGGCAAAGUUCAGCACAUCGUGUGGCGACAACCAUGGGAUUCGCCCCCCUCCACCGGAGCAGUACCUCACGCCGCUGCAGCAGAAGGAGGUUUGCAUCCGACACCUGCGGGCACGACUUCAGGAGAAUGUCGAAAAGCUACAGGACAGGGACGCCGAGGUGGAGGAGCUGCGCGCGCAGCUGUGGCGCAUGCAGGAGGAUUGGGUGGAGGAGGAGUGUCGGCGCGUGGAGGCACAGCUGGCGCUCAAGGAGGCGCGCCGCGAGAUCCAGCAGUUGCAACGUGUCGUCGAGGCCGUGCGCUCCCGACUGGGCGGAGCUGGCGCCGGCGACGAGGGCUUCCGCGACAUCAGCGCCCAGAACCACAAGCUGGAUGCGCUGCUGCUAAGCAUGGAGCUGGCCCAGGAGGCACGGCCUGCCGGCACAUCCUGGUCCUGCGGCGCCUCCCCGAGCCGCUCGCUCACCCGCAGCUCCACCUACACAAAGCUGAGCUGCGAGGCUCUGCCCGACCGCGACGGCCUGUCCGGCGAGGAGACGCUGGACAGCGGUUUCGUGGGCGGCGGCAGCCGGGCCGACCUGCUGCUGGAUCCGGAGUCCGAGUCGCCGCUGCCACGCUCGUCCACCUACGACAAGCUGUGUGUCGACACCCCGCCCUUCUUCCUGGAACCCCUCCUCCUGGGCGCACCGUGCGAGCAAGCUGUGCAGACGGAUGGAACACCCCGCAGCCCAGAUGCCGUCUCCGCCUGGACCUCCGCCGAGGUGGAGGAUCUCGACAGCAUCGCCGGUACGUCCCCACCUCCCUCCUGUGCUCUUCAGCUGGCGCCCCCUGGUGGCAAUGCGGAGCAGCAGCCUGCAGACGAGACGCCGCUGCACGAGCUGAUGGAGGUGACGGUGAUGGAGGAGGAGGAGGAGGGGGAGGGGGCGGCAGAGGUGGCGGGGCCGCCUCACAAGAGCUAUUGGAGCCGCCUCUUUGUGGUGGACCUGCUGGCAGUGGGACUCCCUGUGGUGCCGGCCCUGGCCUGGCUGUGCCGGGCCCCCUGCAGGGCGGGACCCCCCAUCUGCAACAUUGGCUCGCUGCUGCGCGGCUGCUGCACUUUGGCGCUGCACUCGCUCCGGAGAGGGGGCGGGGCCAAGGGCGGGCCAAUGGGCAGGGUCAUGCAAAUUUAA